UUAAUAAGUCGGAAAUGUUGGCAGAAAACAAAAUCCUGAGAGAGUGCAAAGUGACUUUGCAAAAGAUUGAACUGUCAAUUGGACGUAUGACUGGCGAGGUACGAGACCAAAUUUUAGAUGAGGUGGCGAGCAGUUUUCCAAUCAAUUCAAUUACUUCCGUCAGUGAUAUUGAGGACAAAAUUAUGAAUUCGCCGGAAUACGCUCAAGCAAUGAUAACGUACUUCCACAAAUUGAAAGGAGCAUCCGAAGACGUCUCUACAGUAUUGAAAUACAUUUUCACUGACGAACUAUUAAUGAAUUUUAAUUGGGAUGGCAGGUGGGAGAAACAGGCUCUUUGCAAAUUAAAAUUAGUCGAGAUCUGUCUGCGAGAUGUUUUUAAAACACAGGCACCGUAUGACUUUCAAAAGGCCGUGAAAAGGUCAAUCGAGCGGUGAUGGCUAAACCGAUUGAAGCAGAAAAAGUACCAGCUUAAUAAAUCUAAGAAAUAAUAGAUUAAUUUAUGUAAUUUUAAGUUUACUUUUCCUCGUAUUAAUAAGUUCCACAUUUGAGUAAUAAUUUAUGAAGCGGCCCCCUAAAAUGUCAAAGGUAUAAGAAUUAAUUUUUGCAUUCAACACAGAUUGUAUCCAAAUAUAUUGGGCCCUAUCUGCGGUUAAGGCUAGAUAUGUGUAUAUGCCAGCAAAAUACUUUGCAGAAGUUGAAAAUCUGUUUAAAACGUUUUUCUUAAUUAAACACUUAGUUAAAUAUUUUUCGUUAAAUAUUUCUGAAAUUGCAAUUGCUGCGAAUUGAAUUUCAUGAAACUUUUGUGAAAAUGUAAGCGUCUUGCCUAUCUAAAAACUAUAUAUUAACUAUUGAAUAAGAUUCCAAUCAUAUCAAUAAUUUCACGUCAUUGCCUAAAAUUUCCACUCGACUAGAGUAUUAAUACGGAAAAACUUGGCAGCACUGCAUA